ACUCUCUCACACACACACACACACGCACACACAACACACACAUUUAGUCAAUUAUUUUCUCACAGAAGAACAGACCAAAGGAAUAUCAUCAGACACCAAACCCAAGACUAUUACUGGAAAUAGCACAAACAGAGGACUGAAGACUGACUGAAUUGUUUUUUUUUUCACUUAGGCAAAGAGCCCCACCAAGGGAAAUUCAUGCAAAUCCACCAGGGAGCUCACCUUGACGGAGAGAGAGGAAGGUGGAUGUCGUAGCUGGCACUGCUCGCUCCCCCCUGACAAGGUGUGCACCUCCAUCUUUCCGGCCUCUCCUGUGAACGUGCUCUAAGGCUCCCCGCUCCGACCAUGCCCACCAAUGGGAUCAGCAAGGCCCUUAAGCUCCAGUUCGGCCUCAUCAACCACCAGAGCCGCUACCUGACGGCCGAGACCUUCGGCUUCAAGGUGAACGCCUCGGGCUCCAGCCUGAAGAAGAAGCAGAUCUGGACGCUGGAGCAGGACGAGCAGGACAGCCAGGUGGUGUUCCUGCGCUCGCACCUGGGCCGCUACCUGGCGUCGGAUAAGGACGGGAAGGUGAGCUGCGGCGCCGAGAGCCCCACAGGCGACUGCCGCUUCCUGAUCGUGGCGCAGAGCGACGGCCGCUGGGCGCUGCAGUCCGAGCCGCACCUGCGCUACUUCGGCGGCUCGGCCGACUACCUGUCGUGCUUCGCGCAGGUCAUCGGCGAGACGGAGCUAUGGGCCAUGCACCUGGCCCUGCACCCGCAGGCCAGCCUGCUGAGCGUGGCCCGCAAACGCUACGCCCACCUGUCGAGGCCCGACAGCGAGAUCUCGGUGGACAGCAACAUCCCCUGGGGAGUGGACUCGCUGGUCACGCUCCUCUACCAGGACGGCAAGUACUGCCUGAAGACCUGCGACAGCCGCUUCCUCUGCUCCGACGGCAAGCUGGUCAAGGAGAGCAACCCGAAAACCAGCUUCACGCUGGAGCUCAAGUCCGGCAAGCUGGCCUUCAAGGACUCGGACGGGAAGUACCUGACGCCCAUGGGCCCCACGGGCACGCUGCGCUCUGGACGCUGCUCCAAACCGGGCAAGGACGAGCUUUUCGACCUAGAGGAGAGCCACCCGCAGGUGGUGUUCCAGGCAGCUAAUAAUCGAUUUGUUUCCACACGUCAAGGAGUGAGCAUAUCUGCCAAUCAGGAUGUGGAAACAGACAUGGAGACCUUUCAGAUGGAGAUUGAUAAGGAGACCAAGAAGUGCAUGUUCAGGACCAACGGGGGAAACUAUUGGACUCUUGUGUCACAUGGAGAAAUCCAGUCCACAGCUACAGAGAUAGAGGCGAACACCAUGUUUGACAUCCAGUGGCUUGACCGCAGGGUGGCCCUGAAGGCAAGUAAUGGGAAGUUUGUCUGCACUAAGAAGAACGGCCAGCUGGCUGCGGUCAGUGAUUCAGUGGGAGAGGACGAGCAGUUCCUGAUGAAACUCAUUAAUAGGCCCAUCCUAAUCCUCCAUGGGGAGAAUGGCUUUGUGUGCCACCACAAAAGCUCCAACACUCUGGAUGCCAACCGCUCCGUCUAUGACAUAUUCGCUUUGCUCUUUAGUGAUGGUGCAUAUCAUAUCAAAUCAGGUAGUGGGAAGUUCUGGUAUGUGUCCAGCAGUGGGUUGGUCUGCUCCGACGGGGACAAGCCCGAGGACUUCUUCCUGGAGUUCCUGGAGCACGGACGCAUCGGCAUCAAGAGCAAGAGUGGCAAGUACCUGCGGGGGGACCAGGGGGGCACACUGAAGGGAGAUGCCAACAAAGUCGACGUGUCCUCGCUAUGGGAAUACUGAAGCCCGCAUGUGUUUUAACUCUCUCAUUCUGAAACUCCCACACCUAGCCAUAGCAAUAGCCGCUGCCCCCACAACAUAAUGCGACUCCUGGUCAUAGCCUCCAGUCCCCUCUUUUGUGCCCUGUUCCACUCUCUAAGCCGGUCCCUCUUUCUCAAUUCCAGGGGACACCCUCUUUUGGCAAAAAGUGAAUGAGGUUGAAAUAUGAGAGCGGUUUGUUUUCUUUUCCAUAUUUUUUUUCUAAACCAGAUCUGUGAGUACCCUCAAUCACCUUUGCCAACCUGUAUGGUGUAAUGACAACAGUUUGUAAAUCUGUUAACCGUCUGGUACUGAAAUUGUGAGAAUACAUGUGUUUAUAUUGUAUGUUAAGGCCAUGUUGAGUUCAGAGUGUUUUUUACUUGAUUUGCCCUUGCAGGGUUCAUCUUUAAGAACUCUUAUUUCUGAAUGAAGGGUAUUUUUGAAAGAUUUAAACAAUUUACAACAGAAUAUUUGUAAUUGUAUACUGUAUACUUUAGUUCUUUCACAAUUUAAAAGCAUUUGGUGGUGUUUUAACGCUAUACUAAGUUUAAGAUAAAUUAAUAAAAGGCAAGGACUAAAACUGACGGGACAUAUGAGAUCAGGUCUGCUAUUCAGCAAAUGGUUAGUUUAUGAAUGGAAAAAAAGUUAAUUAUUAGCCUAUCCAUGGAUUCAGUUAGAGAAUAGAGGUCCUCAAUCAGAGGUGUCUAGAUGAACUGGCAAUAGCCACUUAAAGUUGAACUUGAACAAGCCUGUAGAUUAAUUUCCUCUCCAUCUCAUCAAUGCAACCAUGUGUAUCAGAAUUGCCAAUUCUGACAGAUGUACAUACUGUAGAUAUGGCAGAGAAAAUGGCAAAAAGUCAUUUCAGUGUCUUUGUGGAUGGGAGAUGUAUUUAUUCACCAACAACUGUCUAAGAUAGUAUAAGAUUUUGAUGAUGCGCCAAAGGUUACAUUGUGAAAAUUGAGACUGUGAGACAGUUAUAUAGAAGUUUUGUGUGUGUUGAUGGCUAUUCUAGCCAUUCAUUCCUAUUAGAAAUAUGACCAUCUGAAUUGUUCUUGACUAUUUUGAUGAUUUCUGAUCAAACUCAAUUGAGAGAACUUGGGUGUUCUUUGUCCUUUGACUUGAUGUGUCUGCACAAAUACUUCAUUACUUAUUUUCUA